AUGUCCCUCAACGCCACAGAGCUGCAGUCCCUCGUGCUGUCCUUUCUGCAGCUGUGCCUAAACAACACGAGCGCGCAACGGCCGCAGAACUACACUUCCCAGCAUGCCUUGCACCAGGUGGCCGCAGAGAAAGCCCAGUCCUCGGGCUUCGCGUAUGUUCUCGUUAUGGUUGGCUUGUUCAGCUUCUUUACUUUUGGAAUAAUGCUCAGCUACAUUCGCUCCAAAAAGCUGGAGAGUUCUAAUGACCCGUAUCACCAGUACAUCGCCUACGACUGGUCCAACGUGACGAGUCCGACCAGACCUGUGGCUCCACCUCAAGGGGGAACCAUGGGGGGAACUCUAACCAAGGGCAAUGGUGCUACCAUCAUUUGCAAUCCAGCAACAGUACCAUAA